AUGCGGUUUCUCUCUGCACUUGUCGCAGCCGUAGGCUGGCUGUCUUCGGCGCUGGCCACCUCCAACAAUCUCACCGAUCUGGUUACUUGGGACAAGUACAGCCUCAGCGUCAACGGCACUCGAGUUUUCAUAAAUAUAUACAUCUUCUGGUCCUACCACUCGCCGUCCAAGGGCGUAUUCGACUUCGAAAGCCCCGGGAAAGAUCUCCAGAAGCUCUUUGACUAUGCCAAGGAGGCCGGACUUUGGGUGGUCACCCGAGCAGGGCCAUACUGUAAUGUACGUAGCCGCAUCGGCCCAGCCGUUGCUCGACUAACGAGGAUAUCUGCCCAGGCUGAGACCAACGGCGGUGGCCUGGCCCUCUGGGGCUCUGACGGAAGCAUGGGAAACUUGCGGACCAGCGAUGAGACCUAUCAUCAGGCAUGGCUGCCCUGGAUCAGCGCCGUGGGCAAGAUCAUCGCCAGGAACCAAAUCACCGAAGGAGGCCCCGUCAUCCUCAACCAGGUCGAGAACGAGCUCCAAGAGACCCGCCACGACCCGGCCGACACGAAGGUCGUCUACAUGGAGCAGCUCAAGGCGGCCUUCCGCGACGCCGGCAUCGUCGUGCCCCUGGCGCACAACGAGAAGGGCAUGCGCUCCCAGUCCUGGUCGACCGACUACCAGGACGUCGGCGGCGCCGUCAACGUCUACGGCCUCGACAGCUACCCGGGCGGCCUGUCGUGCACCAACGCCGACGCGGGCUUCAAGGUCGUGCGCACCUACUACCAGUGGUUCCAGAACUACUCCUUCACGCAGCCGAGCUACGUGCCCGAGUUCGAGGGCGGCUGGUUCUCCGCUUGGGGCGCGGAUGUGUUUUACGAUCAGUGCGCAACAGAGCAUGAUCCGGCAUUUGCGGAUGUAUACUACAAGAACAACAUUGGUCAGCGAAUCACGAUGCAGAACAUCUACAUGACCUAUGGUGGGACGAAUUGGGGACAUUCUGCCGCCCCUGUGGUCUACACCAGCUAUGAUUACAGUGCGCCUCUCCGCGAGACUCGCCAGCAGACAACCAAGCUCUUGCAGACCAAGCUGGUCAACAUGUUCUCCGGCUCGUCGCCAGACCUGCUCAAGACAUACAUGGUCGGCAACGGCACGGGCUUCCGGGUCUCGUCCAACGCCAUCUGGACAUGGGUGCUCAAGAACCCGGACACGGGAGCCACGUUCACUGUAGUGCAGCAAGACAGCACGCCCUCGAGGGCCGAUGUCUCGUUCUCCGUCGACCUCGACACCAGCGCUGGCAUGAUCACCGUGCCGAACGUGGCGCUCAAUGGCCGACAGAGCAAGAUCCUCGUCACUGACUACAGCUUCGGCGCACACACGCUGCUGUACGCCUCAUCGGACGUAGCCACCCACGGCGCAUUCGGCAGGGACGACAGCGUGCUGGUGAUGUAUCUCAAGGAAGGACAGACAGGCGAGUUCGCCUUCAAGGGCGAGGCGAACCUCACGUUCGCGACCUCCGGCCCGUCGGACCUGACAUCAUCCACAGUCGGUUCCCGCCAGGUCUUCACAUACACCCAGGCAGCGGGCAAGACCGCCGUCAGAUUCUCCAGCGGCGCCCUUCUCUACCUCCUCGACCAGCCCACGGCCUGGCAGCUCUGGACGCCGUCCACCUCGUCUGACCCGCACUUCCAGCCCGACAAGCAAAUCUUGGUCCUGGGCCCCUACCUCGUGCGCUCCGCCUCGCUCAGCGGCUCGACCCUGCGGAUCCGGGGCGACACCGACGCCGCCGUCACGCUGGAAGCAUACGUGGGAAGCAGCAGCAGCACCGAGGUCAAGACCAUCGAGUGGAACGGCAAGAGCCUGCCCGCCACAAGGACCGGCUACGGCGCCUACACGGCCGACAUCCCCGGCCCGGGGGCCCGGCGCAUCGACCUCCCGUCGCUCAAAGACCUGCGCUGGCGCGCCGCCGACGGCCUGCCCGAGGCCGACCCGGCCUACGACGACUCCCGCUGGACCGUCUGCAACAAGACCUCGACCCUGUCGCCCGCGAAGCCGCUCACCCUGCCCGUGCUCUUCUCCUCCGACUACGGCCUCUACACGGGCGCCAAGAUCUACCGCGGGGCCUUUUCCGGCUCGGCCGCCGUGGCGGGCGUCAACAUCACCGCCUCGGGCGGCCUCGCCUUCGGCUGGUCCGCCUGGCUCAACGGCGUCUUCGUCGGCGGGCACCCGGGCAGCGCGAGCCUGACCACCACCACGGCCGCGCUGGCCUUCCCGCCCUCGGCGCUCAGGGGCAAGGGCGAGGGCGACAACGUCCUGACGGUGCUGGUGGACUACCACGGCCACGACCAGACCAGCACGGCCAAGGGCGUCGAGAACCCGCGCGGGAUCCUCGGCGCCGCGCUCGUCGGCAGGAGCGCCCGCUGCGCGCCGCCCAAGUUCAAGACGUGGAAGAUCGCGGGCAACGCCGGCGGGGCCGCGGGGUACAUCGACCCCGUGCGCGGGCCCAUGAACGAGGGCGGCCUGCACGCCGAGCGCCUGGGCUGGCACCUCCCCGGGUUCGACGCCGCGGCCUCGCCGGCCUUCAACAACAACCACAACAACAACGCCUCCGACGACUCGCCCCUGGGCGGCGGGCUCGCGGCGGCGGGGGCCGGCCUGCGCUUCUACACGGCGACCCUGGACCUCGCGCUCGACGCCGACCUCGACGCGCCCCUGGGCAUCGAGCUCUCCUGCCCCCCGGGCACGGUCGCCCGCGUCGUGCUCUGGGUCAACGGGUACCAGUACGGCAAGUACGUGCCGCACAUCGGCCCGCAGGCGCGCUUCCCCGUCCCGCCGGGCGUGCUCAACACGCGCGGCGCCAACUCCCUGGCCGUCAGCGUGUGGGCGCAGACGGAGCGCGGCGCCCGGCUCGACGGGCUCAGGCUCUUCAGCUACGGCGUGUACGAGAGCGGGUUCGACUUUGGGCGCGACUGGUCGCAUCUGCAGCCCGGCUGGAGCGACAGGAGUCAGUAUGCGUAA